ACACAACACUACAAAUAGCGUAGGAACUUUCUUCUCUCUUCAAUCUUCAUUCAAACUUGUACAUACAAACCCUAUUCAUAUCUCCAUGUCUAAGGAUCAGAAGAACUUGCUGCAAAACAAUGAUCUGCCAAGGCUAAAACCACCCGAGAUCAGAAGUAGUCAAGAUGAUGAUAAGGCGGCGAUUCAAGAAUCAGAAGAGUGUGAAGAGUGCAAAACGCCGACUGCCAUUGAGCACAAGAUACCAAACAUUCAAAGCUGCCCACCAACACCGCGAAAAAAAGUGCAGUCAUCUUCUUACAAGAGAAAAAGGAGUGAGGUUCCGUUCUUUGAAGAUACCGGGCGUGAGGAAGUAGAGUGCUUCUUUAUAUCAUCAGAGUUAUCCAAGGUUGAACUUGAAUCUCGAGCUGUCAAGAAGACGAAGAGAUGUAGGAGUUUGUGAAGUAGUCUCUAAUUAUACUGUAAAUUUUCUAUCUCUAAAUCUCUUUUAAUUUGUUUCCCAUAAUUAUUUAAGUAAAUAUUGUAUAAAUUGUCACUUCAGUUUUGAUGGGUCUUACGAAAACUGAGCAUCCGGAAUGAUAGAUUUCUUGUAUGAACAUAAACCCUCUUAUUUCAGUCCAGAAGUUUUUGAAA